AAGGACCCUCCCCUGACAGAUCCUAUAAUAAGCAGUGUCCUCUUCAUUCUUCCUCUUUCUUUGCUGCUCCACCAAAGAUAAGUUGUCUCUAUUUAUUCUGUUGUGUGAUUUAGAUUGAAGACUAUUUAUGUCUUUGCAUGGUAUUUUCAGGAUGGCCGAGUAUAUAUAUAUAUAUCCUGUGCUGAUCUGUAACAGGUUUCCCCCCUUUUCCCUUCAUUUGUGGGAUUUUUGCGCAGUCUUGCUCUAUCCUCUGUACGCCUAUUGCGGUCUUCUGCUGGGAUUCGUUUCCCCCUCCCUCUCUUUCCCCUCGGCCUAGGCAUCGACGCUGUUUCCCAGACGUUUUAUCUGUGGGGUUUGUUUUUGAACCCCUCUUCUCCCCCUACCUUUGCGCCGCUCCGAUUCCUCCCUGCUGGCCUCCGUCGGCAUAGGCUUCUACGGCGCUUCCCUUGGGCUUCCCGCGGCUCCGAGAUCUCGGCGGCCAUCUUGGGAGUCCCCGCCCGUCCUCUCGCGGGAUUUCGGAGCGCUCUUCAGUUGCCUCACUGCUCCUCUCAUCUCCGGAUCGGCUCCUACCUCUCUGCGGCGCUUGGGGUGAUUAACCCCUGCUUAGGUUAGUUUCGGUCACAGUUUAGGCACUGUUAGUCUGGGUACAGUAGGGGUUCCCAUUAUUAUUAUUCUGAUAAGACUACCAGCCUUAUUUAAUCGAGAUCAUGUCCUCAGACCGCUCCCCCUCCGGGCCUAAUCCCCCCCCCACCAUCGGGGGACCCCGGUUUGCCAGUCAUGAGCACACAGGCCCUGGAGCUACAACGCUCAGUGUCUAGUGCUAUUAUAGAGGCCAUGGGAUCCAUGUCCUCAAUGAUUCCUUCAUCAAGGACCUCAGCAGGUACGUGGGAGCAUUUACCGCAUUGGACAAGGCCCAGUCAUCCAUGAGAAGGGUAUUUCAGGGACGGGUCUCCACUAGGGCCGGCAGUGGUAGGGGCCGUCUGUCCGGCCGCUCCAGUUAUCAAGCCCGCAGCUCGGGCAGAGGCUCCUUCAACCAGAGGCCUCCUUUCCAGGACCAAAGGAAUCCCCCCUCGUUCUUCCCGGCCAGAGGCGGCCAAUGGCGUUCCAGGUCGGUCAGAGGGAACCCGAGCUACAGAAAAUCUUUCGGUAAGUCUUUCCCCAGUGGGGACUUCUUCCACCCCUCGCGUAGGGGGCAGACUCCGUCUAUGUUCCCUGGUUUGGAAAAAUUAACAUAAUCAAAACAACCAAGGACCCUCCCCUGACAGAUCCUAUAAUAAGCAGUGUCCUCUUCAUUCUUCCUCUUUCUUUGCUGCUCCACCAAAGAUAAGUUGUCUCUAUUUAUUCUGUUGUGUGAUUUAGAUUGAAGACUAUUUAUGUCUUUGCAUGGUAUUUUCAGGAUGGCCGAGUAUAUAUAUAUAUAUAUAUCCUGUGCUGAUCUGUAACAGGGUUCCCCCCUUUUCCCUUCAUUUGUGGGAUUUUUGCGCAGUCUUGCUCUAUCCUCUGUACGCCUAUUGCGGUCUUCUGCUGGGAUUCGUUUCCCCCUCCCUCUCUUUCCCCUCGGCCUAGGCAUCGACGCUGUUUCCCAGACGUUUUAUCUGUGGGGUUUGUUUUUGAACCCCUCUUCUCCCCCUACCUUUGCGCCGCUCCGAUUCCUCCCUGCUGGCCUCCGUCGGCAUAGGCUUCUACGGCGCUUCCCUUGGGCUUCCCGCGGCUCCUGUCUCACGCCGUCCCGGCGUAUGGAGUUUCUGGGCUUCACGGUGGACUCUGUCGCGGAAUCCCUCAGUCUCCCUGCGGAGAAGUUACGGACGAUACGCAAGGAGUUGAGACAUGCUCUCUCUACUCCCUCCCUAUCACUACGCCAUCUGGCUCGCAUCAUUGGGCUGUUAGCCUCCUCUAUCCAGGCAGUCUUUCCCGCUCCACUCCAUUAUCGGGCUUUACAGCGUCUGAAGAUCGCCCACCUCCGUGCCGGGGCCUCGUUUGCAGACGCGGUGAUUCUGGAUCAGGAAGCUCAGGAGGAACUCCGUUGGUGGUUGAGCAAUUUGGAAGCCUGGAACGGCAGAGCAAUUUUCGGAUUCCAACCGGAAUUCACGGUGGAGUCGGAUGCGAGUCUCCAGGGCUGGGGGGCCCACUGCGAGGGUAUCUCCACUGGCGGUCGAUGGUCGGAGUCCGAGACCCGUUUUCACAUCAACGCUCUGGAACUUCUAGCGGGUUCGUUCGCCAUCAGGAGUUUCACCAAGGGCAUAGCUCAUGCAUGCAUCCGUCUACGCAUGGACAGCGUGUCGGCGGUCCGAUACGUCAAUCAUCUAGGCGGCACUCAAUCGGCCACCUUAGCCCGACUGGCGAAGGAGUUCUGGUCCUACUGUCUGUCCAGGGACAUCAUGGUUCAAGCGGAGUACCUUCCGGGUCUCCACAACUACCGAGCGGAUUGGAGCUCCCGAUGCUUCACGGACGGCAGCGACUGGAGGUUGAAUCCGGAGAUGUUCUCCAUGAUCUCGGACAUCUGGGGUCCUUGUUCCAUAGACCUCUUCGCGUCCCGUCUCAACACUCACCUGCCCAGGUUCUUCAGCUGGCGUCCGGAUCCGGAGGCAGAGGCGGUGGAUGCGUUUCUCCAGGACUGGUCUGCAGCCCUACUUUACGCAUUUCCGCCGUUCGCCAUGAUUCCGAGGAUGCUGUUACAGACUCGUCGUCAGGCGGCGGAAUUGGUGGUGGUGAUUCCCUUCUGGGGGUCUCAAGCCUGGUACCCGAUUAUCCUGGAACUCCUGGUGGAUGUGCCUCUCCUACUCCCGACGCGGACGGAUCUCCUCCAGGACCCGCUGGGUGCCCCACAUCCUCUCCUGGUCGACGGCUCCCUUCAACUUCUGGCGUGCCGAAUCUCAGGACUCCAGGCGAGGUCGAGGGAGUUUCGGAGGCAACUAGACGCCUCCUGGACAACGCUUGGGCUCCCGGCACCCGAAAAUCUUACCGGGCAGCUUGGGGAUCUUGGGUUGGCUGGUGCAUGGAACGGGACCUGGAUCCCGUUUCGGCGUCUGUGACCCAUUUAUUGCAAUUCCUGACGUCUCUCUUUGAAGCAGGGAAAGCUUAUCGGACCAUCAAUUUGUUCCGUUCCGCGAUUUCCUCGACUCAUCAGGGUUUUGAUGGCGUUCCUGCUGGUCGACACCCUUUGGUGUCUCGGCUUUUACGUGGCUCGCGUUUGGCUCGGCCUCCUCGGCCGCGUUUCACCGCUACGUGGGAUGUUUCCCUGGUCCUGUCUUUUCUCUCUUCCUGGCCCGACAACGCGUCUCUUUCCCUCCGUCAGCUGUCGGCCAAAUUGCUGACUCUUUUUUGCCUGAUUUCCUGUAAGAGGGUCUCAGAUGUUAGGGCUCUGGAUCAUGAUGCCAGGUCCUUUACGCCCGAGGGUGUUACUUUUAACAUCACACGGCGUACCAAGACCAAUAUUCGGUCGGUGUCCUAUCCCAGUUUUCCGUCUUCUCCGGCGCUCUGUCCUGUAGUUUGCCUGCGGGAAUAUGAGUUGCGCACUCGGUCUCACCGUUCUGCGGACAUUCCGCAGCUUUUCCUCUCUAUUCGCCAUCCCUUUGGCCCGGUGACCAGUCCCACUUUGGCGCGAUGGAUGAAGUGGGUCAUGUCCCUUUCAGGGAUUGAUACGACGAUCUUUACCGCUCACUCGGCCAGGGGCGCGGCUGCUACUGCACUGGCGGUUUCGGGGGCUCGUUUGGAGGACAUUCUGCGUCUGGCUGACUGGUCUAGGGCCACGACGUUCGCAGAAUUUUAUUUCCGUCCUCCUACUCACGUGUUUUCAGCUAUUAUUGAGCAGCUUUGAACUUGCAAUACGAAGCCUCCGUGUCUUGCUGUAAAACUAAAUGAUUUUCCUAUUUCAUGACGUAAAGUCAUAGUUUUAUUAAAGACACGGAGGCGAGUAUUGCCCGCCCUAGGUUUCUCUUGCCCCCCCCGGUUGUUAUGUUAUUAGUGUUAUUGACUGUUUGACUGUCUUUUAUUGUUAUUUAUGACGUUUUGCCGUUCAGUUUGAUUAUGGUUGUUUCAGCGACCUCUUUGAUGUGCGACCGUUAUAGGGUCGAGAUUGCGCAUUUUGUACCCAUGUGCUUACACUGGCUAUAUUAUUUGUUCUGUUUCAGGUUGAGAACUCCUUGGCAGAUGGCGUUCCGUGUUGUUCCAGGUUUCCUGAGAUGUUAGCCAUGUUGGCUUGAGUUCUUCAGUUGGAGGGACCAGAAGGGUCGGUGCCGGUUCCAGUUCCAGUUCGGUUGAGAACUCCUUGGCAGAUGGCGUUCCGUGCUGUUCCAGGUUUCCUGAGAUGUUAGCCAUGUUGGCUUGAGUUCUUCAGUCGGAGGGACCAGAAGGGUCGGUGCCGGUUCCAGUUCCAGUUCGAUUCGUUUUCGGUUAUGGUUGGCGGUUGGUGUCGUGGAUUCAAAGAAAGAGGAAGUUAUGAAGAGGACACUGCUUAUUAUAGGAUCUGUUAGGGGAGGGUCCUUUGUUGUUUUGAUUAUGUUAAUUUUUCCUUUGCUGCUAUUGGUGGAAGUAAAGAAGGAGAUAGCAA